CCAACGUCCACCACGUCUAUCCUACGAACCCAAACUACAUCCUUGUCGCCGAGCUCGUCAGUAAGCGUCAGGAUGGCCCAACCUUCAUCUUCUCAUCAUGGCGAGCGGCACCACCGUGAACGCUCGUCACAUCACCAUCACAGAACCAUUUCAUCGACCACUCUUCUUCUUGUCCUCUCUCUUGUCUUGGCUGUUCUUGCGGUAAUGUUAUCGAUGCCCAGCAGCCAGAGUUCUUCAAAUCCGGCCGACCCAACCUCAACUGGUAUUCUCAACUAUCUUUCACCUAAGCGAUCGCAACAGCUAGUUGCUAGGGAAGCUGCCGUUACUCUGCGAGAGGCAGAGGUUGCCCGUCGGGAAGCUGAGCUUCUCGCCGGCGCGCCAGGCGGCAUCGUCCCAUCCCCGUCCCCCAUCCUCUGUCCUCCCUGCGCUCAGGCCACAACCGUAGAGACGAUCAUGGCCCCCGUACAAACUGUUAUUAAGGAGGUUGUCAGAGAAGACUCCUUGACACCUCCAGGCUGGACAAGUCCUCGUAUCGAUGAGAUCUUGGAUCGAGAACUCAAGGUUGCAGAGCGAGAACGGGAUAUCAGCAGACGAGAGGAAGGUCUUAAUCGCCGCGAGCAUGACGCUUCUCGUCGUGAGAGUUGGAUCAUGGAGCAACUCAUCGCGCUUGGCAAUGACGAACCUGCGGUGGAGGAGGAAUAUGUGUACGAGCCUUCGGGAAGGCGCAAAGCCAAGGUACCGCCGCCCCUCCCGCGCCGCUCCGAGCUUUGAGACGAAGGAGGAUCGACCUUUUUUUUUUUUUGCUUUAUAUAUAUCAAGAACUUCCUCCUCUUAUCGUUUCUGAAACUCAGUAUGAAACCGAAACCAUGAUUAUUACCCAAACUCAGACCGUCACUGUUCCACCACCUGCUAAUACCCGUUUCGCCGCUUCACCAGCUCC